AUGAGUCUCAAGACUCUCGCUAUCACAGCCAGCCUUGGAGCUCUCGGGCUGGCCAACCCAUUCCCCAGUCCCUACGCCAAGAACACUACCUACUACAACCCCAUCAUUCCAGGUUUUCAUCCAGAUCCUAGCUGCAUCUUUGUGAAAGAAUGGGACAACACUUUCUUCUGCGCCUCUUCGUCAUUCAUCGCCUUUCCGGGCAUGCCCAUUCACGCAAGCAAGGAUCUCGUGAACUGGAAACUUGUCAGUCACGUCCAGAGUAGACCGUCACAAUUCCCGGGAGCUGGCAAUAUCACUCGAGCGGGUGGGGGUUGGUAUGCUCCGACGAUACGCUAUCACCAGGGCACUUUCUAUGUCAUAAAUGUUGACGUUGAUGCCGCGACUGGUGGCUCCGGUAUCUUCACGACCAAGAACCCAUAUGACAACGAUGCCUGGAGCGAUCUUCUCGAGGUCGAGAUUGGUGGCUAUGACCCUGACCUCUUCUUCGACAAAAGCGGUACCAUCUAUUCGCAGGCUGCAAUCACAAUCCUUGGCGAUCCAUUCACGACCGAUAUCGAGCAGUUCACUAUUGACCUUCCAUCCGGGAAUUCCACACCGCGCCAUUUUCUAUCCAACGGCACAGGUGUGCAACCUCCAGAAGGACCUCACAUGUACUACAAAGACGGAUACUAUUGGUUACUGCUAGCGCAAGGCGGCACAGCUCUGGACCACCAGGUCACGAUCUCUCGAUCAAAGUCACCAUCUGGUCCAUGGGAGCUCGAUCCAUCAAACCCAAUCCUGACUGCAAUCAACACAACCUCUCUCUUCCAAACAGUAGGCCACGCCGACCUCUUCCAAGACGCCGCCGGUAAUUGGUGGGGAGUAGCCCUAUCCACCCGCUCUGGACCAGCCUACAUUAAUUGGCCCAUGAACCGCGAGACCGUCCUCUAUCCAGUCUCAUGGCCUACAGGUCAAUGGCCUGUCCUCCAACCUGUACGAGGCAAGAUGUCCGGACCUCUCCCGCCUCGUAAUAUCAACAUUCCAGGUACCGGACCCUUCGUCAAGGAUCCCGAUCACUAUACCUUCCCACCCGGCUCAUCACUCCCACGCCACUUUACGUACUGGCGCUUCCCCAAAACCCAGAACUAUUUUGUCUCGCCAGCUGGCCACUCAAACACCCUCCGCCUCAUCCCCUCCAAUUCCAACUUGACUGAGUUUGACACCUUUGAUCCUCGCGCCGGCAAAACGUUCAUUGGCCGCCGUCAAACAGAUACACUCUUCACAUACACCAUCGACAUGUCCUUCACGCCACAGCACAGCGGCGAAGAGGCCGGCGCCACCAUCUACCUACGGCAAGAACGCCAUGCUGAAAUUGGUGUCGUGAACCUCAACGGCACGACUCACCUGCGCUUCCGAGCUGAAGGGCCCGAUGCUCCGGCUACAGUGACGAAGCCCAUUCCCAACUCUUGGUGCGAAGGGAUAAGCUUCGAGAUCAAGGCCUUUAACUUCACGCACUACUCUCUUUCUGCAGGCGCACGUGGAGGACGAUUGGAGACAUUUGCGCAGGUCAACAAUUCUUUGCUAUCUUUGGAGUUCACAGGCAAGUCGACCAUUCCGUCAAGGACUCACGUCAAACCCAUUGGUCAAGGCCAGGCGAUCGACGACGGACAGUACUACCCCAGCAACAAAGGGCCAACCGUAUAG